AUGCUCUACAAGGCUUUCAAAGAACGCCUUGAAGCCAACCUGGCUUGGGAGGGCCUGAGCGUCGAUGCCCUCGCCACCAAGCCAUGCUUCAACCAGCUCAGCUCCAGGAUGCAGACCCAGGUCUGCAAUGCCCUUGUGGCAGCCCAGGACCCAGCUUGGGACGAUGCGCACCCGGGUACGCGAAUGUCUCACAUUACCAACGCAUUCAAGAACCGCUGGACUCCGUCCCACCUCUUGUUCGCCAUAGCCGAUCGGGCUGCCACCGAGUCCGAGGACGAAGCCCACAAGAUUGCUCAGAGGAUGGGGGUCACCUCCACCACGGUCUACACAGCUUUCAAAAAGCGCCUUGAAGCCAAUCUGGCGAAAAAGGGGUUUGACAUUGACGCCCUCGCCACCAAGCCAUGCCUCAAUCAACUUGGCUCCCGGAUGCAGGCAAACAUUUACAAGGCUCUUAUGGCCACAGAGGACCCCGCGUGGGACCACCCACGUUCUGUUAACCACACUUCCCCCAUCACGGACGCCCUCAAGAAAGGCUGGACUCCGUCGCACCUCAUGUUCGUCAUUGCCGACAGAAUGGCCAGGGUGGCCGAGGAGGAGGCACGAAAGAUUGUUGAGGGGACGGUAGACGCGGCCGCCGCGGCGGCCCCUCGAAUGGCGACGCCUCUUUCGGUAGUGACGGGGGCGAGGGCUGAUGCCGUACCUGCGACAGCGGCGGUGCCUCCGAUAGCUGCGGCUGCGAGGGCAACGGCAGCACCUGCAACAGCAGCGGUACUUGCUACAGCGACGAUCCCCGUACAAACGGUGGCUCCCGCUACACCGACAGGCCUGAUGGGCCCAGCUCUUCCUGUGAAGACAGCCGCCCUCAUUAACGCUCUCAGGCACUCUAUUGCAGCCGUCGAGGUCGCGGUGGACCGAUUGGAGACGAUGGCUGCUCCAUUCCAAAACCAACCUCAGAGGCCCGGUUCGAUCCACGACACCACAAACGACGCCCAUGUCACUUCCAUGGAGGCCUCUUCAAUGAUCGACGCCCGGUUAAAGGCAGCCUUCCAGGCCGCAAACUAUGCAGCAAGUGGAGGGCACCGGUAUGCCACCGAGAUGGCGUUGGGCGAGAUCCAACGCUUCUCGGACCAACGGCUCGCAUCGUCUCUGAUUGAGGGUGCACAGGCGGCCGAGAAACGCUUGGCUGCCAGUCUGGUCGACGCCGAGCUUCAAUCCUGCAUGCGGUUACAGGCUGCGUUGACGGCCUCACAGAAGGUUGUGGCGGGCGGAGCAGAAGUUUGGGUACGCCGUGCAGAGGCCGCCGCAGAGCAGCGCAUCACUGCAGCGGUGCUGAAGGCGAAGGAAGACACUCGCCGCCAGGUACAGGAAGAGAUUAUCAAGCCAAUGGAGGAGGAAAGGCGUCUCGCGACCCAGCGCAUGGAGGGGAUGAUGGAAGAAGCACUGGCAGAUGCCGAACGGCGGAAUGAGUGGGCCUUGAGGAAAUCACAACAGGACGCGGAUAAGCGCAUGGCGGCUACUUUGAAAGAGGCUGCAAGAGCAACGGACGCGAAGGUGAUGGCAGCAGUGAUGGAUGCAGUGGAGGUGACUACCGCCGCCGCCGACGCACGCGCCGUUGGCGCACUUAUGAGGGCCGAUGAAAUGGCUUACCAAUACACCAGUGAGAUCAAGUCGUUGAAGACCACCGUUGCCAAUCACCAGGCAGACCUUGCAAAGGCGAGGGAGACCUACGCGACAUCGGUAGAACAGGAGGGUGGCAACACCUGUAUCAUCUGCCUCGAUGGCCCGGCGGACCAAAUGCCCUUCCAGUGCCAACACGUCGUCAUGUGCUUUGGAUGUUCGGAGCGCAUCGUCCGGGAUUCGCAACGCUGCCCGUUCUGCGUUGACCGGAAACCCCGCCCAAAGGCGCAGUGGCGUGUGUUCCUCGCGGCGUGA